AAAAGGCCGAGGUCUUGGCCUGAAUUUUACCACAGUCAACAAAACAUCCGAGUGUGUGACGAAAAGUCACCCGCCAGGCCGUCAACCCAAACAAAACGGAAAACGAGGAAACCGAAGUGCCACCGCCACUUCAAGUUUCAUCGCCGGAAAACUCUCUCCGGCCAUCGGAAUCUGAAAAUUCUUCAGCAAAUUUGGUCGCUGUUAGUAAAAACCAUAGACUCACACGAACUCGGAACACCCAAUACGAUGAAAGUAGUGCGUUCACAGAGAUGGGCAUACCUUCGUAUCAUCGUCGGCACCAUUUCUGGCGGCCUAUUAGGGUUUUACGUUAUGCAUCGUGCUGAAAUCAGCUACAAGGCGAAAUGGGAAGAGAGGUUGAAGAAGUACGAAGAGGAGAAAAUGAGGAGAGAGACAACCGAAUUUGAAGCUGACAAUACUGUUUAUUUUUCUGAUGAUCAACAAAAUGGUAAUGAACAACAUGAGCUUUGAAGCAGUUUGCAAGUUUUCUUUAUGUUGAAUCUGUUUAUUUGGAUAAAAAUUGUAUGAUUAUCAUUAUUAUCAAAUGAUUCAAGCAAGUAAUACAUGAGAUUUUUCUCUAUGCUAAGUAAUUCUGAAAGUUGGCAAUA